AUGCACUCGUACGUUUGCGACAUUAGCGACGCUGAGCACGUGAACGAGGUCUUUGCUCAAAUAUACGCCGACUUUGGAAAGUACCCGCUGCAUCUCGUCAACACUGCUGGUUAUUGCGAGAAUUUCCCAGCCGAGCACUACCCCGCCAAGAACGCCGAAAAGCUUCUCAAGGUCAACCUUUUGGGCGCCUUGUACGUUGCACAAGCAUUCGCCAAACCACUUAUCGACAACAACAUCAAGGGAGGCUCCAUCGUGAUGAUCGGAUCCAUGUCCGGAGAAAUCGUCAACGACCCACAACCGCAAGUCGCCUACAACAUGUCCAAAGCCGGUGUGAUUCACAUGGUCAAGUCUCUCGCCGCUGAAUGGGCCAAAUACAGCAUCAGAGUGAAUACCUUGUCGCCAGGAUACAUCCUUACACCGCUCACAAAGAACGUUAUUAACGGUAAUAACGAAAUGUACCAGAGAUGGCUUUCGCUGACCCCAAUGGGCCGUCUUUCGGAAGCUAAGGAAUUCACCGGUACGGUUCUCUACUUGCUCUCCAACUCCGCUUCUUCAUACACCACGGGAGCAAACAUUACUGUCGACGGUGGUUUCACUUGCUGGUAA